GCUCAGGUGCUCCCGCUGGGCCGGGCCUGGCGCUUCCUGGGAGGGAGACCAAACUCCCGGCCUCCAGCUUCUGCCCUCAGGGUCUCCGGGCUCCGCACCUGCGCCCGUCCCCGGCCUCGCCCCCGACCUGUGCCCAGGGGCUGGGCGGGCCGAACCGCGGAGACGGGAGGGACGGGGCCCGGCCGCCCUGAGAAGCUCCGCGGGUCCGGCUGGGCGAGUGUCUGUCCCUUUAAGGGCCGCCCCCGAGGAGGUGCCAGGCCCGGGUGGCGCCGUCUCUCCUUCCUGGUCCUGCAGGGCCAGGACUGUCCGCGGGGUUCAGGGAGGGGGCCGUGCCCGGUGCCAGCCCAGGUGUCCCCGGCCUGGCCCCAUGGCCCUGGUCACAGUGAGCCGUUCGCCCCCGGGCAGCGGCGCCUCCACGCCCGUGGGGCCCCGGGACCGGGCGGUCCAGCGAAGGAGUCGACUCCAGCGAAGGCAGAGCUUUGCGGUGCUCCGAGGGGCUGUCCUGGGGCUGCAGGAUGGAGGGGACAAUGAUGAUGCAGCAGAGGCCAGUCCUGAGCCAGCGGAGGAGCCCCCGAAUGAGGAGGAGCCCCACGGGGACCAGACAGACUUCGGGCAAGGAUCCCAGAGUUCCCAGAAACAGGAGGAGCAGAGGCGGCACCUGCACCUCAUGGUGCAGCUGCUGAGGCCGCAGGAUGACAUCCGCCUGGCAGCCCAGCUGGAGGCAGCCCGGCCUCCCCGGCUCCGCUACCUGCUGGUAGUUUCUACAGAAGAAGGAGAAGGUCUAAGCCAGGAUGAGACCGUCCUCCUGGGUGUGGAUUUCCCUGACAGCAGCUCCCCCAGCUGCACCCUGGGCCUGGUCUUGCCUCUCUGGAGUGACACCCAGGUGUACUUAGAUGGAGACGGGGGCUUCAGCGUGACGUCUGGUGGGCAGAGCCGGCUCUUCAAGCCCAUCUCCAUCCAGACCAUGUGGGCCACACUCCAGGUAUUGCACCAAGCAUGUGAGGCAGCUCUAGGCAGCAGCCUUGUACCAGGUGGCAGUGCCCUCACCUGGGCCAGCCACUACCAGGAGAGACUGAACUCCGACCAGAGCUGCCUCAAUGAGUGGACGGCUAUGGCCGACUUGGAGUCUCUGCGGCCUCCCAGUGUCGAGCCUGGCCGGCCCUCAGAACAGGAGCAGAUGGAGCAGGCGAUCCGUGCUGAGCUGUGGAAAGUGUUGGAUGCCAGUGACCUGGAAAGCGUUACUUCCAAGGAGAUCCGCCAGGCACUGGAGCUGCGCCUAGGGCUCCCCCUCCAGCAGUACCGUGACUUCAUUGACAACCAGAUGCUGCUGCUGGUGGCACAGCGGGACCGAGCCUCCCGCAUCUUCCCCCACCUCUACCUGGGCUCCGAGUGGAACGCAGCAAACCUGGAGGAGCUGCAGAGGAACAGGGUCACCCACAUCUUGAACAUGGCCCGGGAGAUUGACAACUUCUACCCUGAGCGCUUCACCUACCACAAUGUGCGCCUCUGGGAUGAGGAGUCGGCCCAGUUGCUGCCGCACUGGAAGGAGACGCACCGCUUCAUUGAGGCUGCAAGAGCACAGGGCACCCGCGUGCUAGUCCACUGCAAGAUGGGCGUCAGCCGCUCAGCGGCCACAGUGCUGGCCUAUGCCAUGAAGCAGUAUGAAUGCAGCCUGGAGCAGGCCCUGCGCCAUGUGCAGGAGCUCCGGCCCAUUGCCCGCCCCAACCCCGGCUUCCUGCGCCAGCUGCAGAUCUACCAGGGCAUCCUGACUGCCAGCCGCCAGAGCCAUGUCUGGGAGCAGAAAGUGGGUGGGGUCUCCCCAGAGGAGCGCCCAGCCCCUGAAGUCUCUACACCAUUCCCACCUCUUCCGCCAGAACCUGGGGGUGGUGGGGAGGAGAAGGUUGUGGGCAUGGAGGAGAGCCAGGCAGCCCCAAAAGAAGAACCUGGGCCACGGCCACGUAUCAACCUCCGAGGGGUCAUGAGGUCCAUCAGUCUUCUGGAACCCUCCUUGGAGCUGGAGAGCACCUCAGAGGCCAGUGACAUGCCAGAGGUUUUCUCUUCCCAUGAGUCUUCACAUGAAGAGCCUCCACAGCCCUUCCCACAGCUCGCAAGGACCAAGGGAAGCCAGCAGGUGGGCAAGGGGCCUCAGCCUGCCCUGAAGUCCUGCCAGUCAAUGGUUGCCCUCCAGGGCAGUACCCUGGUGGCCAACCAGACCCGGGCCUUCCAGGAGCAGGAGCAGGGGCAAGGGCGGGGAGAGCCCUGCGUUUCCUCUACGCCCAGGUUCCGGAAGGUGGUGAGGCAGGCGAGCGUGGACGACAGCGGAGAGGAGGGUGAGGCCUGAGCCCUCACACAUGCCCACGUUCCCCUAGACACUAAAUAGAGGAUCCACAACUCUUUGGAGAAACACCCUCACGUCUGUCGCUGCACACAUUCUUCUCAGCUCCGCCCCA